CGUCCCCGAGCGGCGGCGGGAGCGACGGGAGCAAGGGAGCGGAGAGAGGGAGAGAGCGCGGCCCGAGCAGCCCCGAACCCCGAGCGAGUGAGGGAGUGAGGUCCCCCGGCCCCGGCGAGCCAUGUCCGAGGAGAAGCCCAAGGAAGGAGUGAAAACCGAGAAUGAUCACAUCAACCUGAAGGUAGCCGGGCAGGAUGGGUCAGUGGUCCAGUUCAAAAUUAAGCGGCACACACCUCUGAACAAAUUAAUGAAGGCAUAUUGUGAGAGACAGGGCUUGUCGAUGAGACAGAUUCGCUUUAGAUUUGAUGGUCAACCAAUUAAUGAGACGGAUACCCCUGCACAGCUGGAGAUGGAGGAUGAAGACACGAUCGAUGUGUUCCAGCAGCAGACGGGGGGAGCGUGUUAGGCGCGUGGGCUGGAGCCCCCCGGGUCUUCCUCUGUCUUGGGAUAGGGAAUUGUGGGAUGCUUCCGCCCUCGCAGAGGACGCGGAUCCAAACUCUUCUCUCUCUGACUCACCGUACGUAGUCUGUGCGACUCCCGACGAUCCUCGCGGAGACGACGCAACACCUCGAAUUGGGCCAAUGUGGAAUGUUCUCUUUGCUGAAGUAAAAGAUUCUUGCCUGUUUGUCCUCACUUUCCUUCCUUCUCUCCCCCCCUUUGCUUUGGGGGCCGAACUGCCGGCCCCCCGCGCUUGGGAUGCUUUCUUGGCUACAUCGUCUAAUCAUGUAAAUACUCCGUCUGGUCACGGUGGUGGGGGGAGGGGGACGCCUGUGCGCUGUCAUCAGCUGAAUCAGGAUCAUUGGCGCUGAUCAACCUGCCAGGCUCCUCGGAGGAGGCCGGAGCGGGGCGGGGAGGGGCCACCUCCAGGGUUACAAAAGCUCCGGCAGGUGAGGGUCAGGGGCAGGAGAUGGGCCCGGUGCCCCUGCCCGCGUCCUGCCGAGCGACCCCUUGGGGGCUGUCCCCCGCCCCGGCGGCCCCUUGCAACCUUUUCCCAUCUCGAGGCUCCUCCGCUUGCGUGAACCUGCCUGCUGACGGUGGCUUUUCCUUUGGCGUUUCCGUGUCUGUGGGCUCGGGCCUGUCUCUUCUCUGAUUUGUACGUCCUUUGUUGUCCUUUACUACUGUAAACAGUAAAUAUAGUUUGGUACUCUG